CAAGUUCAUAAUCUCGUCUGCCAGGCCUACGGCGAGUCGGCCGGCCCGGGAGACUUUUUGACAUGGAAUAGCUACCUGAUGUCUGCUUCGAUUGAUCAGAAGGGGUAAGGUAUAGGUAUAUUAGAACUGCAAUAAUGAUGAGCAGCUAGUCAUUGCAUCUCUAAUAUACCUACAACCAAAACAUCCAAUCCAGGAAAUCCAGCAGUCAACAAGUCCAGUCUCCCCCCUCCACCACCACCACCAACCAUGUCCAAAAAACACAUCGUCUUCGACAUCGUCGGCACAGUAAUCAGCUACGAAACCUUCUUCGCCGCUCUCGAAGAACGCAUCGGAUCCCAACUUCUCUCCCACAACAUCCCACCGCGCCUCUUCGCCUGGACAUGGAUGGAAGCCGCAGAUCUCGAAAGCCACCACUCCCACACCUCGGGCCGCCCCAAACUCUUCAAAAACAUCUUCGCUCCCCUUCUCUACCGCUACCUCGCCAUGGCCGGAAUCCCCAAUCCUCACACCUUCAUUUCUUCUGAGGAUGUCGAAUAUAUCGUUUCGGCCUACUCGUCUCGCCUGACGGCUCGACCGGGAAUCGUGGAAUGUUUUCGACGCUUGAGAGAGGCCGGGUUUACGAUUUGGGCGUUGACUUCGGGGGAUGCGGAGCGCGUGAAAGAGUAUCUGGGGAGAAAUGAAAUUCCUCUUGAUGAGGAGAAUUUUAUUGCGUGUGAGGAUAUUGGGAAGAUGAAACCUGCUCCCGAGGUGUAUUGUUAUGUUCGGGAGAGAUUGGAGGAUGCGGAGGAGAUGUGGUUUGCGGCUUGUCAUAUGUGGGAUGCUGCGGCUGCGAAACAUAAUGGAUUCAAAGCUGCUUGGUGCUCCGAGUGGGAGAAAUUGCCCGUGCCGGAAGUCUUUGGAGAAAUGGACGUCGUGGCUGAUAGUCUGGAGGCCUUGGCUGAUGGUAUCAUUGAGGCUUCGCGGUGA